AUGCGCCCUAGGGAUGUUUGUGAGGAUGAAAUUUGUCACAAAGGUUACGUAUCAUCUUCAUUUGAUCUCGGUUUAUUCAAUUGUCAACCUUUGGUUACCGAAGAGAUUUAUUCUUCAACUAACGGAACACCAUCCUAUGCUGGCGGCGAAGAGCUCUGGGUGGUUAUGGAGUACUUGGAUGGUGGCUCAUUGACGGAUGUCGUUACUGAGACUUGCAUGGAAGAGGGCCACAUAUCUGCUGUCUGUCGAGAAAUUUUGCGUGCCCUUGAAUUCCUGCAUUCUAAUCAUGUGAUCCAUCGAGAUAUCAAGUCAGACAAUAUCCUUUUGGGAAUGGAUGGUUCCGUAAAAUUGACUGACUUCGGCUUCUGUGCUCAACUCAGCCAGGACAAAACGAAGCGGUCUACGAUGGUCGGUACGCCUUACUGGAUGGCUCCGGAAGUCGUUUCUCGAAAGGCCUAUUGUCCAAAAGUGGAUAUUUGGUCAUUAGGUAUCAUGGCCAUUGAAAUGGUGGAUGGAGAGCCACCUUAUCUGAAUGAGAAUCCCCUAAGAGCUCUUUAUUUGAUCGCAACUAAUGGCAAACCAGAGAUUAAAGAGCGUGAUCGCCUUACCUCGAUAUUUCUUGAUUUCAUUGACCGUUGCCUUGAGGUUGACAUCGAAAAGCGCGCUACAGCUCUUGAACUCCUUCAGGUAGGCAAAAACCCUGUUUUUAUUCUCAUGGAAUAG